AUGGUCUCUGUGCUUGAACGUUGUCAAGUUUCUCCACCACCUGGUACUACCUCUGACAAAACACUCCCUCUCACCUUUUUUGAUCUUCGUAUGGUUCAUUAUUCACCCAAACAUCUCUUCUUCUAUGAAAAUACCAAUAUUUCCAAGAGCCAUUUUAUUGAGUCCAUCUUUCCAAGCCUUAAACAUUCACUUUCCAUCACCCUCAAAUACUUCUACCCAUUUGCUGGGAACUUAGUAUUUCCUCCAAAUUCUGCUAAGCCUGAAAUUCGUUAUUUAGAAGGUGAUUCUGCCUCAUUAAUCUUCGCAGAGUCGAGCAGUGAUUUUAAUCAUCUUACUGGAAAACAAACACGAGAUGCCACAGAAUAUCUCCCCUUUCUCCCUCAACUUCCACCAGAGACCAUGUCACAUGGUACACGAGUAGUUCCUAUUUUGGCUUUACAAGUAACCGUCUUUCCAAAUUCAGGCAUUUGUGUGGGAAUCCAUGUCCGCCAUGCGGUCGGUGAUGGCAAUUCUUUCCUCACAGUAUUCUUUAAAACGUGGGCAUCAAUUACAAAAGGAGGAGGAGAUGCAGCAUGUUUGAGUGGUGAAUUGGUGCCAUGGUACGAUAGGACUCGGCUCAGGGACCCUGAAGGGCUUGAACUCGAGAACAUUGUGUGGAAUUAUGUCAAGCAACAAAGAUCAGAACCUGAUCAUCAGUUGCCUACCGAUAUUAAUGCUAGAGCCAGAUUUGUAAUAAGUCAUGCCACUGCUCAACAGCUCAAGAAGCUAGUGUUAGCCCGAUACCCCUCUAUAUCAUAUGUAUCAACUUUCACUGUUGUAUGUGGAUAUGUAUGGUCUUGCUUGGCAAAGGCUAGAGCAGCAUGUGGUAAAGAUGAUGAUGAUGAAGUGGGACGUUUCCUUUGUGAAAUAGAUUGUAGAACUCGAUUGGACCCGCCUUUUUCUACAACUUAUAUUGGCAACUGUGUGGCGCCUUCCAUAGCUUGUGCUAAGAUGGCCCAGUUGAAGGGAAGAGAUGGUUUUGUGAUUGCAGCUAAAAGCAUAGGAGAUACUCUUCAUAAAAACCUGCACCAAGCAGGAGGAGUAUUGAAAGGUGUUAAGAAUUGGGUGCCAGGGUGGGAAGCAGCUCGCGAAGGUUGGUUUUUGGGAAGUAAUGGAUCGCCCAAGUUUAAGAUGUGUAGUUUUGAUUUUGGGUGGGGAAGACCUAAAACGAAUGAAGACCUUUGCAUUGAUGAAUUCGAAGGAAUUGCACUAUAUGAUGGUCAAAACGAGGGGGAGACUGAAAUUGUCGUAGCAAAUCUCAAGCCUAUAGUGGAUGCUUUUUCAUCCAUUUUCAGCACUGGCCUUCAAACUUUAAAUGAUCAAGUUAAAAAAAUUGGAGCAAACCACUACGCGAGGAAGAGGAGAGAACGACAGUUGAGUAAGAAGAAGAUUAGGAAAAAGAAAAGAGAGCGGCAGUUGAGGGAGAAGAAGUAUAGGAAAGCAAGUUGCAGCUUUAUUCUGGCCACAAUUCCAGUGGCUAGGAAUCAAGAGAGAGCAUUUAACGGAGGAAGAAAGGAAGCCAAAUGA